AUGACCCGACCCAAACGGAAGGGUUGCUGCACCGUUAUACAUCCCCGCGAAGACAACGCCCGAUUUAUCCUAUUAGCCGUCGUAAUGGUUAUUUACAUGGCUGUUGGUGCGUCGAUUUUCAUGGUCCUAGAACGAGACAAUGAGAAAAAAGAAAAGGCGGAUUACGAUGCACAUGUUGCAGAAUUCAAACGUAAAUACCCACAAAUAAAUGAUACAGAUCUGGAAGCUUUAUUAGCUUUACACAGCAAAGCAGAAGCAGCUGGUUUUGUUGGCAACCGACGAGACCGAUGGGAUUGGCCGGGAUCGUUUUAUUUUGUUGGAACUGUUGUAUCUACAAUAGGGUUUGGAAUGACAACACCUCGGACUGUUGGUGGAAAAAUUGUUCUUAUAUUUUAUGGAUUUUUCGGAUGUGCCGGUGCUAUUUUGUUUUUUAACUUGUUUUUGGAGAGAAUAAUCACGUUUUUAGCCUAUAUAUUACGUGCUAUACAUAUCAGAGACCUUAAACGUAAAGGAUUAAUCACAGAAAACAAGAAAGAAAAGGGGAGACGAUCCAGCCAAACUUCAGAUGAUGAACUAGAUGCCUGGAAACCAUCGGUAUAUUGGGUGAUGCUUAUUCUUCUAUUAGGUGCCCUAGUUGUCGCAUUGUGUGCUUCAGCUAUGUAUCAGCCGGUAGAAGAUUGGACAUACUUUGAAGCUAUAUAUUUCUGUUUUGUGACAUUUGCCACCAUCGGAUUUGGUGACCUGGUUGUUAGUCAAAAAGAAUCCUAUCCCAACGUCCAUUUAUAUAGAUUUGCUAAUUUUAUAUUUAUAGUAAUUGGAUGUUGUUGUAUCUAUAGUUUAUUUAAUGUGACAUCAAUAGUUAUCAAACAAGUGUUAAAUUGGAUUUUAAGGCGACUAGAAUGUCGCUGUAGAGUUAGAGUACCAAAUCCAGGUCGGCGUAAUGCUAUAACUCCAGGACAUUUAACCAAGGGAGGUAAACCACCUUCAGUCACAGUGACUGACGUGGACGGUGAUAGCGAUUCUGAAUAUCGGCGGAAUUCAGGUGAAAUGAUUAGCAUGAAAGACUUUUUACAAGCAAAUAAAAUAUCUUUAGCCAUGAUGCAAAAGGAAUUGUAUGAAACCUCACAAAGGGGUCACUCACACAAGAGACAAAAUGGGCUUCAAGGAGGAGUUGGACCUAUGGCGAUUCUCAAUCGCAAGUUAGGCCAGGAUGAUCAUUUUGAUUCACGUGUAUAG